CUUACGCCCAUCCCGGAUGGUCUUUCAGAACGGCCCCCAGCACGUAGAUGCAAUGCAAGGCUUUGUUUGGCUGGAGAGUAACGCACCACCGCCAAGCUGACAAAGCCCAUGACAACAAACAAACGAUCACAAUUCCGUACAGCCUUUGGUGCAAAGGAGGUGCUUGCUGUUCUUUGUGUCCACAUCCAUUAUCCCCCGGCAAUACAUGCUCGCAGCGGCCAGGCCAGGCGCAUCCACUACAUACUUAAUCCCAUGGCAUCCAGCCUUACCUCGUGUCCGCGAGGGACAGCGAACUCCUCCUAGGCCCGAUCCAAGAACACAGUGAAUUCGCUAGGAAGCCAACCGUCGCUUCCAAAAAGGCAACCUCGCAUUGAUCAGACCAUACCAUUGACUAACGGAGCCAACCGUCCCAGCACCCGGCGGCAAGCAUGGCACCAGCCCUCUUCGCCCGGGCUGGCGCCAGCCAGGAGGACCUCUGCGGGCCCUUUGGCGAGCGCCUCAGCGACUGGGUUGCCGUCUCGCUAGGCAUCCUGCUUUUCAUCCUCGCGGUGGUGUUCUGGAUUUGCCGUUCCGUCUUCGUGAGCAGCCGGGACUCGGAGCGCCGGGUGCUGGAGGGCCGCAUCGACAAGCAGCAGGAGAUGUUGAAAAAAGAGCGCGGCCUGUUGAAAACCGAGCGCGAGGCCGCCUGGAGGACCAACGACUGGCUGCGCGCGGAGCUGGGCGAGGCCCAGGCCAAAAUCGGCGUCCUGCAAAACGCGGUCGAAAGGCUGAACAGAGUGCAGUCGCCGCGCAGGCAGCAGUCGAGCAAGCGCCAGGGGGUCCAGGGCCUUGGGAUAUCUCGAGACAUCACCAGUCCCUCACAUCCCUUCCAGUCCUUUAGCGAGGUGAGUCCCAACCCCGACCUCGAAUCCUUCUCCAGGCGCGUCCUGGGGCAUGGCCGCAGCGCCGAUACGCGAUCGUCGUUGAGGGUCGACACUGCGGUGGCGUCCCAGAAGCCCGUCGGCUCCCCGGUCGACACCCGCGGCGGGCCUACCCACAGCACGGCCAGGGGCGGGUUCGCAUCGGCCACCUCGCCGGCCUCCAAUAUUAGCCCGAUUCCCCGCCGUCCCUUGGGGAACCUGGCCGACGAGCUGGCCGACCUGACCGACGACGACGACGACGACGACGAGUACUUCACCGUCGGCUCCGACGGCGGUGAAGACGACGGCCACGACGGCGGGCAGCGCGGCCGGCGCGCCAGGCAGCGGUCUUCCUUCGACCCCGCGCGCUCUGCGAGCUCCUCGCCCAUUCUCUCGGCCAUGCCCCCCAUGACCCCGGCCCUGCCGCCCGUGUCUCCCGUGUCUCCUGGCACGCCCGUGUCUCCCGUGUCUCCUGGCAGCACGUCCAUCUCGCCCAUCUCGCCGCUGCCCUUGCCCGGUUCUGCCGGACGCUGGGCCAAGCAAGGUGGACGGGCCGAGGGUGCUGCCUCCCCCGCCGACCUGUCCACCUGCGACGGCCUCGGGGGCGCUGUCAUACGGGAGGCGCGUCGGGUCACCUGCUUAUCCCACGCCGACGACGACGACCACCCGCCGCCCCCGCCACCCCCGCCCCUCCACCCGCCGCCCGAGCACGCCCCGAGCGCGAGCAGGAAGGCGGCGACGCACAGCGCCGCCAGCCCCAGCGCAAAGUACGCCGCCUCGGCCAGCACGGCCGCCGCCACCGACGAUGGCGGCCUGACGCCGUCCCCGCCCGCCACGCGCUGCUGA